CAUCAGACGAAUAUUUUGACAUGAUGGAUAAAAUAUCAUGUCCUUCAAAAUGGGCAAAAGAAUGGACUAAAGAUAGUAAACAAAAGAAUGGAAUUCUAUUCCGCAAUCACCGGCCUACUCAUGCUUCUGAUAUUCCAAUUCAAUUUUACCAUCAAAUAUUUGAAACGUUUAUCAACUUUACACGGGAUUGUCAAAUAUUAAAUAGAGAACGUAAACUUGUGCUUGAACUUGCUUCUGUGAUGUCCGGUGUAUUUUCAGACGAAAGCCAGAGGGCAGAUGCUUUCAGAUGCCGGCUUGAGCUAUUUUUUGAUCACAAAAUUGAUAUUCAGUCAGUAGAAUCGAGCCAAAGUUCACGAAUUGAACGAAAAACAGAUGGGAGUAUAUAUCCAAAGAUCGGCAGAGAUAGAGUCCUUUUAGCAAACUUAGAAGUUAAACCUGAACCUGGUACGAAUGGCGAUUGCUACAUUCAGAAUGAUGCCUACUACAAAGAAUUUGUUAUCAAGUCCCGUAAUCAGAAAUCUAAGUUUUAUAAUAGGACCUGUUUGCCUGCUUUCCUUAUCGAUCUAGAUGGACCAAAUUUAUCGAUAUCCGGUGCUGUUUGUGUCCCUUUUAUAGUUUGUGAUCGCCUUACAGACAUCUUUCCACUAGAUAGAAUUACUUACAAUCACGCUAAAGCAGAUGAUAUUGCACGAGUAUUUCUGGCCCUAAAAAACUCUAUACAUAUAUUGAAAGAUUACUAUAAAUCCGUUUAUGAGUUAAGAGAAGUCAUUUGCACUACUAGCCUUUGGUUUCCAUGCAUAAAUGAGAUUAAUUUAGAAGAAGGAACGGCUACCAUUAAAUAUAAAAAGAAGCAUUCUAUACAUCGAAAUUUAUGGAUUGUGGAAAUCCAAACUGAAAAUACGCAAGAGAAGGGUUUAGUCAAAUUCGUCCAAACAUAUUCUAAAGAAGCACAUAACGCAUGUUUCGAACUAGGUUUAGCACCAAAAUUGUGGUCAGUUAAUAACCUUCAACAAGGUUGGAAGAUUGUCGUCAUGGAAUAUUUGGAGGAGUAUAAACCACUACGCAUUGUCGAUUUGGAAACAUUUUCCCAAACAGAAAGCGUAGUUAAAAAUGCUACGAAAUUGUUUCAUGAUUCCGGUUACGUACAUGGAGACCUUCGUGAUGAAAACAUAAUAGUCAAAUAUAAAAAUGAAAAAAUUGAUAUAAAAUUUGUGGACUUUGAUUGGGCAGGAAGAGAAGGGGAAGCAAUGUAUCCUGAAAGUCUGAAUCCUAAUAUUAAUUGGCAUGUAGAUGUUGGCUGGCACAAGCUCAUCAAAAGGGAGCACGACCACCAUUUAGUUGAUAAUAUUUAUCUCGAUAUGCCUGAUGACAAACCCUCAAAAAAGCGACGGCGCCUCUCAGAAUGGAUGGGUUAA